AUCAAAAAAGAAAAAACAUUUCCAUUCCCCACAAUUUUCUUUCUUUCUUUGAUGAUUUGUACAUCUUGAAAAUGGAUCCACAGCCUUCCCCAUCGGGAAGGUCCUCGACAGUUGCUCGGGCAUCUUCGUUUUCCGUCGCCGAUUCGGGUGGCCAAACGCUCACUUCCGUCCUCAACAACCCUCAUGCUGGGAAAUUGGAUGCUUCUUGGGGUGGUUGGUGGUCCAUCGCGCCGCCCGAAUUCCUUCCCCUAACGCCCACCAAAGCCACCUCCGAUCUCUCCCGAUCCGAUUUCCAAUCGUACCUCACUUCCAUUUCUGAUUCCUACAAUCGAUUCGAGGACAUUCGGAAUCACACCAGUAAGGAGCAAACAUUCGAUGUCGAUAACAUUGGGGAAGCCCUCGCAGCUUGUUUAAGGGAGGUACCCGCUCUUUAUUUUAAGGAAGAUUUCGCUCUCGAAGAUGGAGGUACCUUCCGGGCAGCCUGCCCUUUCAACGAUAUUUCUGAAAACAUUAUGCUUCAGGAGAAAUUGUCCCAAUACUUGGACAUUGUGGAGCUCCAUUUGGUGAAGGAGAUUUCGUUGCGGUCCAAUUCUUUCUUCGAAGCACAAGGGCAGUUGGAGGACUUGAAUGUUAAGAUUGUGGAAGGAUGCAACCGGAUUCGUGAUCUGAAAGAAACUAUUCGCCUGGUUGACACUGAUUUGGUUGACUCUGCUAGGCAGAUACAGGAGUUGAAUGCCACUAGGACCAAUCUGUUGGCUCUCCAACAUAAACUAAAGCUUAUUCUAUCUGUUAACCAAGCGUUAACCGCCCUUAAAUUGCUUGUUUCAUCUGCAGAGUGUGCUGGGGCUUUGGAUAUUAUCGAUGAUCUGCAACACUUGCUGGAUGGGGAUGAACUUACAGGUUUACAUUGCUUUCGUCACCUUCGAGAUCAUGUAGGUUCUUCUAUAGAUUCCAUAAACAGUAUUCUUUCAGUAGAAUUUAUGCGUGCAUCAAUACAUGAUGCUGGGGAUAAAGAUGCAGUUAUAUUGUUGAAAGCAAAAGCCAGGGCAUCGGUUUCCUUGAAUGGAGAGGAUGCUAGUGUUAAGUUGGAUGAGGAAGAAACCACAAAUUUUCGAGAUUGUCUUCUGCCUCUUAUCAUUGGUUUGCUUCGAACGGCCAAGCUCCCAUUUGUCCUAAGGAAUUAUCGUGAUACACUCACUGCUGAUAUGAAAACUGCUAUUAAGACUGCUGUUGCAGAGCUGCUUCCAGUUCUUGUGGGCCAACCUCAGGAGUCUGAUAUGGGUACAGAGCGCACUAUGGAUGCAGAUGGUGGAGGCUUAUCACUUGCAAGCAAAUUGAGGAGUUUGUCAUCUGGAAGCUUUGUCCAACUUCUGGCUGCUAUUUUCAAGAUUGUACAGGCACAUUUAAUCCGGGCAGCUGAAGUGAAAAAGGCCAUUGAGUGGGUAAUGUGCAACCUUGAUGGUCAUUAUGCUGCUGAUUCAGUUGCUUCUGCAAAUGCACUUGGUGCCAUGGUUGCAGAAUCUUCUCAAGAGAGUAAUGGCCAAGGUUCUUCAAUUUCUUUGAAUGCAUCUUUAAGGAGUACAUACAAAAGUCUUUCAUCCCCAGGGAAAGGAAGUGAUGCACCAAGCCCUUCUAAUUUGUCAAAGAAUUUCAGGGCAGAUGUUUUAAGAGAAAAUGCUGAAGCAGUGUUUGCAGCUUGUGAUGCUGCUCAUGGAAGGUGGGCAAAGUUGCUUGGGGUUCGUGCUCUUCUUCAUCCUAAGCUGAGAUUGCAAGACUUUUUGAGCAUAUAUAAUAUCACUCAGGAGUUCAUAACUCUUACAGAGAAGAUUGGUGGAAGGUUGGGAUAUAGCAUCCGGGGAACACUGCAGUCACAGGCCAAAUCCUUCGUUGAUUUCCAGCAUGAAUCUCGAAUGACAAAAAUAAGAGCGGUGCUUGACCAAGAGACAUGGGUGGAAGUUGAUGUUCCUGAUGAGUUUCAGGCAAUUGUCUCUUUGCUGUUUGAUUCUGUAAGCAAGGCAGAAAGCCACAGCAAUGAGGGUUCACAAGUGUCUGAAAUUGGAUCACAUGGUUCUGUGGAGCAGAAUGAGCAGAUUGAUUCUAGUGGUACAGCUGCAGUAAAUGCUGCCCAAGGGAAGGCUGAGGUGACUGAGAGAAAGAAAUUAGAUGCUGUAACUUCAUCACAGAGUAACAGCAGUAAUACAAAGGAACGUGGAAAAAAUGCUACACAAACACUUGAAUAUGGUGGUGUUAGUUAUCACAUGGUAAACUGUGGCUUAAUAUUGCUGAAGAUGCUGUCGGAGUACAUUGACAUGAAUCAUCUUCUGCCAGCACUUUCCUUGGAGAUUGUUCAUCGUGUUGUGGAGAUUUUAAAAUUUUUCAACACUAGAACUUGCCAACUUGUUUUAGGUGCUGGAGCCAUGCAGGUUUCGGGGUUGAAGUCCAUUACUUCUAAACACUUGGCCUUGGCAAGUCAAGUCAUUAGUUUCACAUAUGCCAUUAUUCCUGAAUUGAAGCAAACUUUGUUCCUGAAAGUUCCUGAACCUCGAAAAUCACUGUUGCUUUCGGAGUUUGAUCGAGUUGCACAGGAUUAUAUGGUUCACCGAGAUGAAAUACAUACAAAGCUUGUUCAGAUAAUGAGAGAGAGGUUGUUGGUUCAUCUGCGAGGCCUACCUCAGAUUGUUGAGAGCUGGAAUAGGCCAGAAGAUGCUGACCUACAGCCCAGUCAAUUUGCUAAGUCCCUUACUAAGGAAGUUGGAUUCCUCCAACGUGUUUUAUCUCGAACAUUGCAUGAAGUAGAUGUUCAAGCAAUUUUCAGGCAAGUUGUUGUGGAGUUCCAUUCACAGAUUUCGGAAGCAUUUUCACGCUUAGAGAUCAGCACUCCUCAGGCAAAAGAUAGACUGCAUCGUGAUGUUACACACAUUCUUGGGUGCAUUCGAUCAUUGCCAUGUGAUAAUUCAAAUAAUUCUGUUACCCCAAACUGGGGGCAACUAGAUGAGUUCUUAGCGCAAAGUUUCGGGACUGAAUCCGGCUGAGAUUUGUGGUUUUGUACAGUAGAGACUUCCACCCACAUUUGAAAGGAGAUUAUUAUUUUUUUUAUGAGAAACCAAACCAAUCCUCGGCCUACCCUACUAUGCAAAUUGUUUUGUAGAAGUACAUUAAGGUAAGGAAUGUAUGAAUCUAAUCUGUUUCUC